GUCCUGGAGGGACUCACCAGCCUCCUCCUUGCCAUCAUGGGUCCUGUGGAAAGUGGCUGGCCGGAGCUCCAUAGGCGCGGAACAGGGGAUGUUGAGAUGUGAAAUCCAGCAAUCAUGAACCUUGUCUAUUUUUCUGACUUCUGCAUCUUCCUUCAGCCAGCUCGCUACCUCUGCCCUUCAGAAGUUUCCAGCUCAAAUUAUUUAAGUGAGAGCUUUUUCAUGGUGAAAGGAGCAGCCCUCUUCUUACAACAGGGAAAUAGCCCUCAGGGCCAGCGGAGUCUUCAGCAUCCCCACAAGCAUGCAGGCGACCUGCCCCAACAUCUGCAAGUAAUGAUCAACCUUCUGCGCUGUGAAGACAGAAUCAAGCUGGCCGUGCGCUUAGAGAGUGCCUGGGCAGAUCGCGUCCGCUACAUGGUGGUGGUGUACAGCAGCGGGCGCCAAGACACCGAGGAGAGUAUCUUGCUGGGAGUUGACUUCUCCAGUAAAGAAAGUAAGAGCUGCACCAUCGGGAUGGUUCUCCGACUAUGGAGUGACACGAAGAUCCACCUUGAUGGAGAUGGUGGGUUCAGUGUGAGCACAGCAGGAAGGAUGCACAUAUUUAAACCCGUAUCUGUCCAGGCCAUGUGGUCUGCCCUGCAGGUGCUUCACAAGGCCUGCGAGGUGGCUCGAAGGCACAACUACUUUCCUGGCGGUGUGGCACUCAUCUGGGCCACCUACUACGAGAGCUGCAUUGGCUCGGAACAGAGCUGCAUCAACGAGUGGAAUGCCAUGCAGGACCUGGAGUCCACGCGGCCUGACUCCCCGGCCCUCUUUGUUGACAAGCCAACCGAGGGCGAAAGGACUGAGCGUCUCAUAAAAGCCAAACUCCGAAGCAUUAUGAUGAGCCAGGAUCUCGAAAAUGUGACCUCCAAAGAAAUUCGUAAUGAAUUAGAAAAACAGAUGAACUGUAACUUGAAAGAAUUCAAGGAAUUCAUAGACAAUGAGAUGCUGCUUAUCUUGGGACAGAUGGACAAGCCCUCCCUUAUCUUCGAUCACCUUUAUCUCGGUUCUGAAUGGAAUGCAUCCAAUCUGGAGGAGCUGCAGGGCUCAGGGGUUGACUACAUUUUAAAUGUCACUAGAGAAAUAGACAAUUUUUUUCCUGGCUUGUUUGCAUAUCACAACAUCCGCGUCUAUGAUGAAGAGACCACAGACCUUCUUGCCCACUGGAAUGAAGCUUAUCAUUUUAUAAAUAAAGCAAAGAGGAACCAUUCCAAGUGCCUGGUCCAUUGCAAGAUGGGUGUCAGCCGGUCUGCGUCCACGGUCAUCGCCUAUGCGAUGAAGGAAUUUGGCUGGCCCCUGGAGAAAGCAUAUAACUACGUGAAGCAGAAGCGCAGCAUCGCACGGCCCAACGCAGGCUUUAUGAGGCAGCUGUCUGAGUAUGAAGGCAUCUUGGACGCAAGCAAACAGCGGCACAACAAACUCUGGCGCCAGCACACAGAGAGCAGCCUCCAGCCACCUGUGGAUGAUCCAGCGGAGCCCAGUGACUUCUUGCCAGAGACCCUGGACAGCUCCCCAGAUGCCCGGCCACCCUGCUCGGGUGAUGCUUCCCACCCUGGGCUUCCAGGAAGUCCAGCCCCGGGAGGGGCCACUCUCCCCUGCUGUUUCCGGAGACUCUCGGACCCCCUCCUCCCUUCCCCCGACCAUGACCCGGGCAGCCUGGUCCACCUGCAGGACCUUGAGAAGGAUGCUCUGUUGGAGGAUGCGGCUCAGCCAGCAGAGGUGCUCAAGCUGGCCAGGCGAGCCCAGGAAGGUGCUGGACUCUGUGAGAAGGACGUGAAGAAGAGACUCGAGUUUGGGAGCCCCAGAGCCCACAGUGGCUCCCCGCCACAGGUGGAGGAGAUGGAAAGAGAAGAGAGCCCAAGAUCAGGGAGGUGGACACAGUCCCCAACCCAGCCUGACAGAAGCCCACUCAACCGGGAAAACCUCAAUAACAACAACAGCAAGAGGAGCUGCCCAGAUGACUUUGAGCAUGAUGCCAUGUUUGGAAUUCUCACCAAAGUCAAGCCUUCUUACAAAUCCUGCACUGAUUGCAUGUAUCCUACAGCCAGCAGGGCUACUGAGGCCUUCAGGGAGAAAAGUGAGGACCCCAGCGUUCCUGCCAUUUGCACCCAGCCAGCCUUCCUGCCUCACAUCACAUCUUCCCCUGUGGCCCACAUGUCCAGCAGGUCCCGCACUCUGGAGAAGCCAGCCUCUGGCUCAGCCGACAUGCCCCCACUGCUGUCACCAGCAGCCUCAAGGAGACCAGAGAGCAGUGGCAGUGUAGCUGGGGCUGCACCAGAGCCACCACCUAGCUUCCCAGAACCUUCCAGAGAGACUCCGAAAGUCCUGCCCAAGUCGCUCCUGUUGAAGAAUUCUCACUGUGACAAGAACUCUUCCAGCAUGGAAGUGAAGGAAGACUUGUCACCCAAGAAGGAGCUGAAGCCAGCUAAGGACCUGAGGCUUCUGUUCAGUAAUGAGUCUGAGAAACCAACAACUAACAGCUACCUGAUGCAGCACCAGGAGUCCAUCAUCCAGCUGCAGAAGGCAGGUCUGGUCCGCAAGCACACCAAAGAGCUGGAGAGGCUGAGGAAGCUGCCCGCAGACAUUGCGUUUGCCUCCAGGGAUGGUGCCACCAGCAGGCUGGAGGCCAGCAUCCCCGAGGAGAGCCAGGAGCUGGCCGCGCUCCAGGAGCCACAGCCCCCAGCUCUGCCUGGCCAGGCAGGGGGUGAUGAGAAAUUAGAGGCCGCCCCGCUACCUCUGCCAUUGGAAGGAGCCUUGCUGAAGAGCCCCCCUCCCUUCCUCUCUCGCCCGGACCAUACCAGUAACUUCUCCAAAGACUUCCUGAAGACCAUCUGCUACACCCCCACCUCCUCCUCCAUGAGCUCCAACCUGACUCGGAGCUCCAGCAGUGACAGCAUCCACAGUGUCCGCGGGAAGCCAGGUCUGGUGAAGCAGAGGACCCAGGAGAUUGAGACCCGGCUCCGCCUGGCAGGCCUCACUGUCUCCUCCCCACUCAAGCGCUCCCACUCUCUUGCCAAGCUGGGAAGCCUCAACUUUUCAACAGAAGAUCUGUCUAGUGAGGCCGAUGCGUCUACUACCGCCGACUCCCAGGAUGCCAAGUGCAGCAAAUCUUUCUUCUUGAACAAACCCCAGGCCUCCCAAAGGAACCCAGCUGCAACCUCCAACCCAUCAGGGAAAUCUGCCCUGGAAAACUUGAAAAGCCCCCUGAUGAGCAAAAGCUGACCCUCCCUCUGCUUCACUGGAUUUACAUUUUCAUACAGUCCCUCCCUUAGUUUCACUGUGGAUUCUAAUCCAUCCCUCACAUCUUGAUUUGUCUUCAACAACCAAAGUCACCCAAGCUUUUCUCCCUCUUGCCAUAGGAGGAGAAGAAACAAAAAUAAUUUGCAGCACAAGAAGAAGGGAGAAGUACCAGUGUGUGGCCUGGGAGAUCCAGGAACUGUCAGCUGGUAGACACACACCCUGUCCUGUUUUUGAGAAGAAUCAUGUAUUAACACAUACAGAUAGGCACACAUCCAGAACACUCCAUUUGCAACAUGCAAAAGAGUCAUAGUGGUGACAUCAUCGCCACAGCCCACAUUUCAUUCCAGCCUCUUAGGAAAACUCUGGGAUGGCAACAUGAGUCCUACCUCUGUUCUUGCUAUGCUCUUUGUUUUUAAAAUACAUAAUGACCAAGGCUUGUUCCAGGGAAUAAUGCUGUGUCAGAAAAAGUUUUUCCAAACAAAAGAUUUUUUUGUUUGUUUUGUUAGAACCCCAAAAGUGUCAAGACGUUCAGCUUGACUGCACCAAGCAGAUCACUGCUAGGUAAAGUCAGCAGACAGAUACAUCCAGCCUUGUUAAACUUGUGCUGUGCUAAGAGGCAGUUGGUUGCCUGUUCAGUUAGUCUUCUGCCCGGUUUCUGUUGUGACUGGGCGACGAGCUUUAGACCAGCACCCAAGCCAGAUGGAGGAAAUAUAUGUGAUGUUCUCAGUUGUUGCUAAUGGAGAAGCAUAUUGCACGCCUAGUAGGGGUCGACCAAAUCUGCUGCUGUACAGGGUGUGGUUGUAUUUAGGUUUGAGGAGCAGUGGAGUGGUGGCUCUGGGAUUGGAUUGUCCUGCCAGAAGCCCUGAUCCUCAGGCGCACUAGGUCCCAUCAACUGUUUGAAAGGCAAAAGGGAUUUUGGCAGGACCCUACUCCAGGAGCCACGCUGAACAUCUUCUCUGAGCGAAAUGAGACUGAUGAACAGCUUCGCAGAUGCUUACAGCUUCCUAUCUCUGCAGCUCUCCCCAGCGGCAGUGAUGCAGCGGAGGAGCUGGAGCCUAAGCCUCGGCUCUGGGUAGCACCUUGAAGAACCAGGUAAGCUCAGGGUCGCUUGCAGCUUGGGGCUCACCUCGUGUCUGUCAGCAAGGCUGGGUGUAAGAUAGUUUGAAGAAAGAAGCAGCUCUGUAGAAAGGCAGCAGGGCUUGAUUCGGGGCUCUGCAAACUAUGGUGUACAGCCCCUGUGGUCUAAGAAUGGUGUUUACAUUUUUAAAGAGUUAUAAGAAAGUAAAAUAAUACAGGACAGAGUCCAUGCAAAGCCUUAGAAUUUAUGGACAGGCCCUUUAUAGACCUUUGCUGCCUCUGGUCCUGCAGAAAGAAGGCAAUUUCAAAGGCCUCCUGUGUCUCAUGGAUACCUUGGGCCAACCCCCCCACAACCCAGCCUUGCCGACCCCUCCUUGGGCACAUACGUGAGAACACAGAAGCUUGCCCACAGUUCCGUCUUGCCCUCAGCUGGAUCAGCCCGAUUAGCUCAGUGAAACCAGAAAGUCUCCAGGGCUCAGCCAAGUUUGGAAAGCAGACGAAUGAGUUGCCAUCUUCCAUUGGCCAGAACUGGGCCCCCAAAGCAGCUGUUUUAAGAGAGCCCUCAGGCAGGGUCUUCAGAAAGAAGGCUAGUGCCUGUUUCAGCUAGUGCAGAGAGCUUGGGCAAACACCAUCUUCAAGAAUUUUUUCUCCCUGGCAUGAUUUUUUUUUGUACCAGGGAUCAAACUGGGGCCCUCCUGCAAGUGGCAGAACCACUGAGCCAAAUCCCUGGCCUGCUGGCAUGAUUUUUAAAAAAUACGUUACUUUAUUUUAUAGGAAUUUGUCUUCACACUAGUGUUAAUUUAAAUCACCUUAAAAGGGGAUUUUAUCUGCUUACUCCUGAAACCCUGUGGGAUAUCCCCUCUUCCUCAACCAACAAAAGUGUAUUUUCAAGAAACUUACCAAGUUCAUUUAUGUUUUGCCAAAUUAAAUUUCAUGUAGAUCAAUUUUUGUGUCAAAAUCUUUUAAAUUUGAUGAUAGGCUUCUGUUGACGUUUUCAACACAUUUGUGUAGAGUGCUAUAUUUUUGAAAACGUUAAUUUUGAAAGGUAAACUUUGUCUUGCUCAGUUAUAGAGUGGGGGUGAGGAAGAUGAUAAAUAUAAACAGGUCUUUGGCGACCGUCCCCAUUCCAUUUUAGAAGCACAGCUAGAUAUCUGCCAACAUCCAAGCAGACCAGGGCACCGGUCCCCAUCGCCAGAACAGAUGAAACUUUCUUGAUUUAUUGAUGGUUCGCACUCUGACCCAAAGGAGAAGAGGAAGAUUGUUCUUGGAGACUGGGAUCCAUUUCCUGUAAACAUACGGCAAUUUUAAAGUGUCACAUUGCGAGGCAAAAGCAUCCUGCUCAUCUCGCAGCACUUCGGCAGUGACAGAGUCAUACUGGUCAUCACGAGGAAAAGGUUUGUUCCUUAAGCUGUGCCAUAGCUUGGCUGCUGCUUUGUAUGGAACUUUAGGUGACAGGGAAAAUUCCAGAGAAUGCAUGAGACUGUCAUUGAUUUUGGCAACUGCCAUCCUCAUUGAUGCCUUUGUUGAUUUAAGGGAAAAGGAACAUUUUGUGAUCUGCCUGACACCCUGGGUAUUGGGCUGCUUUUCAUCUUCCUACCUGCCUUGAUUGAUACAGCCUGCCAGGAGUUAGACUGAACUUGGCUACAGCCUUGUCUUGCAUUGAUACAGAAGGUCAUCUUGUCAGGUUUUGUUAAGCAUAAGGGGGAAACUGAUCACAGAGAGGAAAGACCAGGCUGCCCUCUGACCAAAAUCUUGACAGUGCCUAGUUCCAUUUCUUCCUCUUACAGUUAUUUCAGCGAUCUCUAGCAAUGUCCCUCGUUGCACGAACUUUGUAAGCACGCAGAUUCUUUCUCUGUGCAUCCCCUUCCUCCUCAUGCCCUGUGCAGGACCCCUGCUUCUGGAGCAGCUCACUGUGGGGUAGCAGGCCUUCUCCACUGCGCCCUGUUGCUCAGUAGUGUAUGUUACUCACUGGGUACGCAGAGGCUGCAGUGUCCGCACCCCAUUCUUCUCCACCUGCUGUACCCACUCUCUGCAGCUCCAAAGUAUUCCAGUCAAUUCUGAAGCCCUCCGAUUCUGUCAUAGCCCAGAGGACGCCAUACAUGGACUUGCUCAUGAAUAGAAGAGACCUUCAGGGCAGUCUUGUACAGUACUUCUGCAACUUGUCUCAGGGCCCAAGGCUGUGAACUCCCCAGGACUGUUUCCCCUGCAGGAACAAAUACUGCAGCGUUUGGUUAAGAUCAUAUUAGGUAACUUAACCCAAGGCACCAGAAGGGAGGGGAAUCGCUUUCUGUUAGCUAAAAAUUCUUGGUACCAGAAGUCAUUCACCCAACCCUGCUAGUUAGCUGGCCAACUGGCAGCUGCCCCAACGCCCAAACUGGAGGGCAACCAUUUCACCUUUGGUAAGAGAGCUGUGUAGAUCAAGAGCUUGGUGACUUCUGGACAGCGCAAAGUCAGCUCACUUGUCCUGGUUCUACUUUCCACCUUCCUGCUAACAGUAAAGGCUAAAUGAAGGUCAUUCAUUUACUCCUGUGCACAGCCACUUACUUUGUUCCUGUGUGCUCUAUGUUGAACGUGUCCACUCUGCGUGUAUGUAUGUAUAUAUGCAUAUAUACAUUUUAUUAUAUGCAUUAUAUAUAUUUUGAGUAUACACAACUUGAAUCAAAUUAUCAUGUGCUUCAUUUUUGUCAUCCACACUCGUGCUGUGUCCCCCAAGCUACAAAGGAAUCCAUCCCCUAGACCCGUCUGGAGGGACACUGCCCAGUGCAGGCCCCAGGUCCAUCUGAAGUCCCAUGGCUGACCUGUUCCUAUUUGGUAGUCGGGCUGCACCUCCAUCCUUCAACCCCUCUGUGAACGUGGUGUCUUUUUAAUCAGACAGCCCAGCCUUUGCUGCCCUGAUCUGGGACUUGCUGCAUGAGAAGAUAGCUGCUCCUCCUUCUUUCCUACACUGAAAUUAUUGUUUUACAAUCGAGUGCCUUAAUAAUAGUUUACAAAUACUGUGUAUUUAUGCAAAACUGUAAAACAUCUUCAGAGAUUGGGGACUUUGUCUUCUCCACAGUGGUUGGUAUUAGGGCUUGAGUUUGUCCUUCUCCUUACUUGUGUUGAUUCUGCUAUGCAGUUUGACCUUGUGUGUCCACAACUACUCCAAGGAGCCUCUAGACACAGCACUGGUUGUUCCUGCAGGCCAGGCCACCAUUGCCCUACACGGCAUCCCUUGGUAGCCAAUGAAAAAACGCAGUUUGGUUUCCCAUCCAACUGGGGAGUGGUGCAGGCCUGGUGCCCCGCACCUCACCUGUCACCCA